AUGCAAUUUGAGGAGCCAAUAUUACCUUCAUUAACACAACAACAAAAAACAAAUUAUCCAUUAGAAAGAAGUCAAAAACGAAGAGCUUUAAAUGAAAAACAAAAACAAAGAAGAAGGCAAAGAAAUAAUAAUAAUAAUCGAGCACUGACAGAUUUAGUUUAUUUGGACCAAUCCCCAACUUAUUGUCAAGAUGAUCAGAUAGACGGAACUAUAGGAACCGAAGGAAGAAUAUGCUCUAUUGAUCCAGAUGCUCCAAAUUCGUGUGAUCUUUUAUGUUGUAAUAGAGGGUAUCAAAGUCACAUUGAAGAAGUAAUAAGUAAAUGCAAUUGUAAAUUCCAAUGGUGUUGUCAAGUUAUUUGUGAGACUUGUCGAAACUUAACAGAAGUUUUUACUUGUAAAUAA